CUUUCUAUCUUCUUGCACUUGUUCAGAUUAAUAGAGCAUAUUGUCAAGUGGCUUUUCCUUGGCAUUUGUUUUUGGCGAUUGGUUUGUCAUGUUUCAUUGAUCAAUCGAAUAAAUUAUAUGUUGUUUCGUUUGGUUCUGAUUCCGAGAAACGAUAUUAAUCUAUUAGGAGAUUUCUGGAGUGUGAGAAAAUUGGCUAAAUUAGUUCCUAGAGACAUGUUCUGCGAUUAGAAGAGUUUAAUCAUUACAAGAAUUUCUCAUCUGUUUUGGCAUUUCUAUGCAACGUGUUUUAUAUUUUAAUGCCAUAUAGGUGAGUUUAUUAUGUGAAUUCUUGAAUCAGUUGUGUUGAAGUAAAGUAGUUGAACUGAACAAUGGGGAAAAGGAAGUCAAGAGCGAAGCCACCACCCAAGAAGCGGAUGGACAAACUUGAUACCGUCUUCAGCUGUCCUUUCUGUAACCAUGGAAGCAGUGUUGAGUGUCGACUGGAUAUGAAGAAUUCGAUUGGUGAAGCCACAUGCAGAAUUUGCCAAGAGACUUUCAGCACAACAAUCACUGCUCUAUCUGAACCCAUAGACAUAUACAGUGAAUGGAUUGAUGAAUGUGAGCGGGUCAACAAUCUUGAAGAUGAUGCUGCAUAGGAGGCUGGCUAGAUGUUUAGAAAUCUGACUUUCACUGUCCAAGGGAAGAGCUGAAAAAUGAUUUUGAUGGUCUUUCGAGCAUGUUUCUUAAAGUGACUAGAUAAGUUGCUCUUUGAUUAAGUGUUGUAAUUCUAAUAUAUACAUAGGACGUAGACAACUAAUAUGAGUACUAGUUUCAAGUGGGUGUUAAAGUGAACUAUGUAAAUUCACUUUUGUAGAACUUUCUAGGUACUAGUUUCUGUAUGGCACCAAGUAUACAUCAGCAUCAGGUACUUCGUGUAAUAACCUUUUCCUUUAAGAUCAUACUCGAAUGCUAUCAUAUGAAUAUAUGAAUAUAAUUGGCUCAAUGUUGCUAGCA